UACUGAUCUAGAGUGGUCCGACAGUCGAAUGAGUCUGUAGUUUACGAAUCUGCAGCUGAUUGUGCUUAGACUUAGACAUGGAGAUCCAAGUUUCGGAACCUCGCUUGGUCUUGGUCUUCAGUGGGAAGCGGAAAUCUGGAAAGGAUUAUGUGACGGACCUGAUCCUGGAGCGUCUGGGGCCGGAGGUUUGCUGCAUCUUGCGUCUGUCGGGACCCUUGAAGCAACAGUACGCAAAGGAACACGGUCUGGACCUGGCCCAGCUGCUGGGUCCUGGCCCAUAUAAAGAGCGGUACCGGACUGACAUGAUUCGCUGGGGGGAAGUUCGUCGACGCCAGGACCCUGGGUUCUUCUGUCGCCUAGCAACCAAGGACGCACGCCAACCCGUCUGGGUGGUGAGUGACGCACGGCGGCUCUCGGACCUGCAGUGGUUCUGGUCCGAGUUUCCUCGACAAACUCUGAGCAUCAGAGUUGAAUGUUCAGAAAAAACACGCGAACAGAGGGGGUGGAGCUUCACCACAGGUGUGGACGACGCAGAGUCGGAGUGCGGGUUGGACAGCGGAGUUACGUUUGACUGGACCAUCACUAACGAGGCCGACGCCCCUUUAGACGAACAGCUGCAGCCAAUCCUGACUCGAGCCAAGGAAGCAGCGCAGUCACAUCAGCCUCAACUGAAGCACCCGCAGCUAAAGCUGAGGGGGACAUCGUCAGAAGCAUCGACACAUUGGGAAGUUUACAUCUGAAAUGUUUUAAACAACUUUUUAAAAAUACCGUGGGUUUUACUGGACAACAUUUAACGUGACACAGUUACUGGACAGAAUCAUUUAAAAAUUCACUGAAACCAUCCAGAUAUUUAAACCAAAACUCAGUCACAGUUUGGAUGUAAAAGCCAGUGGCAGUGCUUUUAUUUUAUAAAAUCUUGUUUUACAUGGUUUAUUACAAUGGGCUGUGACAUUAUGACUGUGUUCUAGGUAACAUUUAAAUUUAAUUGGUCAGGUCAUUGGUCCUGAUUGGUCCAAGGAUGCGUUUGUGACCUGUGAUUGGCCCUAUGUUGGCAGCAGUGGAAUGCCUCGCUAGUUUAAACAAACAAUUGGCUGACAAAGUAUUCUAAAAUAAUAAAAUUAAUAAAGUUAUCUGACAAGCUUUGA